AUGAAGACUAAAUUACAGCCGGAAGAGCGUCCCAUAUGUAACGCGGUGAACGUGUUCCGUGAAAGAGGCAAUUACUUACAACGCUUGGAGCUCUUCGAAAAGUCCACACAAGCGUACAAUGAGGCUCUACGAUGGAAUAGUUCCGAUGUUCGGUCACUGCUGGGACGAAGUUUGGUGAGAGCAAAAUCAACGCACUAUACGGGAGCUUUGGAAGACGCAGCGAGGGCAGCUGCUUUGGAACCCAAAAAUUCAAGGGCCUUACAAAUUCGCGCGCAGACAGAAUACGAGAAAUGUGCGUUUGAACGGGCCUUAGUUCUUGCUCAUCAUGGACAGCGCAUGAGGAGGUUCCCGCCGGAUUUCGCUGAUUGCGCCAGAUGUGCUGAAGAAACGGUGCGAGAAUGUGCCGGGGCGACAGCUAGCAAAGUGUUGCAAACAGCUGUGUCGUUGCUUAGCAACCUGGAGAUUAAGAGGAAGUCUGUGGACGAGGAUGCACCCAAAGUGUUGGUACGUCGUGGACGUAUGCAACCACAGAAGGAACAACAGGUCCAAGAAAUAUCCCGCGCGGAAAAACAGAGAGCCGAACAAAUCUCCCGUUUAAUGGCUUCGAAAUAUUUGGAGCGAAUGGCACAUGACAAAUAUUUCUUAACUGCCUUAUGUAAGGACGAACGAUUGGUCUCUGCCAAUAAACAAGGAUCACAAAAAUUACAAGAACUGGCCAAUAAAGCUCUCGCCGAUGUGGAGAAACGACAAGCUGUGUUACGUGAGCGGCGACCGCUGUAUGCUGCCCGUGCAUUGGAGGCAGCCGCUCGUGCUCGCCUGUCUCGUGCACGUAAAGAGCAAUUGGCGCACACGCAACUCCAACACGCCACUGAUGCCCGUCGUCUCAUACAGACAACUCAAUCUAUUUACGAAGAACGAGACACUGCCAAGUGUCUGGAAAUUGCCGAGUUCGGCAUGGAGCAAAUAACGCGAAAACCCGCCAACUUAUUACCAGGGAAAGAUAAAUUCUUGCAAAAGCUACACGAUAUAGUUGCAAACGCGUUCCUAGACCAGAAACGUGUUCGAGAAGGUAUGAGCGAGUCGGAUCGGGAGCGGAGGGCGUUUAUUCUCCUGGGCAUGUUGGUGUCCCGCGAGCCGAGUCGCGACUCCGUGCUCCGCGUGCGCCCGCCCGCACCGCCGCGCGACGCUAAGAUCCGUAUCUGCAGUCUAGAACGGGCUCUGACAAUGAGCACGCGAGCAUCAGAAAGAUGUUACUUGUUGCACGAGCUAGCUCGCCUCAAUGUGGACUUAAAAAACCCCUUAAGAGCACGAAUGUACGCCUCCAAAUGUCAAGCUGAGGCUAGAAAUUGCAACCACCGUCCAUGGCUUUUAAACGCGCAGUUCCUACUGGCUCGCUGCCAUCUCCUGCAGAACAACAGACCUGAAGCCAGAGCAGUGUUAUUGGAAGCCGCUGGCCUGGCUCGCUCUUUCGGAUUCUCUGAAGUCGCUGCCUUCUAUGAUACGUGUGUUAACGUGUCAUUGGAAGGCGAAGUGCUCGCUGCGGCUGCGCCUCUGAGGAAACGAGAAAAGGAUCUCGUCAGCUUGAUGCAGGACGAUGACUUGCGAUCGGCAGCCACACACCUGUUCAAGAGGAUGUCUCUUAUACCGGCGAACAGACGUUUCUCAAUCAUGCCUGGUGCUCGCAUGGAAGACACUCCUAGGCGCUUGGCCCGUGAUAGACGGAUAUCUAUCAUGCCGAGAGUGGCACAGCCAACUCAUAUUACAAGGAGAUCGGCGCUUCCUUUGGGAUUCCAAGAUUUUGACAUUUAAACUCUGUGUAGACUUUAAUCGAUUUUAUAGUAGAUUUUGAUAUUGACCUAUCUAGUUUUAAUAAUUGAUUGUCUCUUUAUAUGUUUUGAUAAUAAUUUUA